CAAGUCCCUUUAUUGGUCGCCCCAACCGACCGCACCGCUGGUACAGUACAGUGCUGAAAAGUCUCUUUUGGAGGGGCUUAUUUUCCUUUCAAGCCCCCGAGAAUGAGUCCGUUCAAGGAGCGUUUUGUAACUCUCCUCCAUGAGAAGAACUUCGUCACCGAGCGGCUGGCGACGCUGGAGCAAAUAACGGGAACCAAGAGAGAAUAUAUCGUCUUGGGUGCGUUGGGUUUCAUCGGAGUUUAUCUCCUCUUCGGGCAUGGCGCCUCGUUGCUCUGCAACCUCAUUGGCUUCGUCUAUCCGGCCUAUUUCUCUAUUAAAGCCAUCGAGAGCACAGUGAAGGAGGACGACACGCAGUGGCUCACCUACUGGGUGGUGUACGGACUCUUCAGCAUCUUCGAGGCCUUCUCCGACAUCUUCCUCUUCUGGUUCCCCUUUUACUACGCAGGGAAGUGCGUCUUCCUCAUCUGGUGCAUGGCUCCUGUGACGUGGAACGGCUCCGACAUCCUGUACAAGCGCGUCAUCCGGCCCUUCUUCCUGAAACACCAGGCCACCGUGGACGGCGUGGUGAGCGACCUGAGCGCCAAGGCCAAGAGCGUGUCGGAGAGCGUCACGCAGGAGGGUGAGAUACCAACAGUCUACAUCUGUUAAUCGGGCUCUCAACCACAAGGACCAGUGAGGAACAUGGGAACAGUGUGUGUGUGUGUGUGAGAGAGAGAGAGAGUGUGUGUUUUUGUUUGUCAAAGGAAUAAAAAAAAAAAAAGCCUUAAAACAAUA